UUUUGAUUUUACUAAGAUUCCGGCAAACUCUUUGAUUAUAAAAAUUAAAUUUAUUUCCACUCGACUUUAAACUUAAAGAAUAAAAAAGAGACAUGACCCUUUGACAAACAAAGUUAACCAAUUAAUGAACUAUUCAAAUUUAAAUCUUAUCGUUUAUUUCAUACAUACAACAAUCUUUAAAGUUGCAAAAGUUAAACACUAGUAUUACUUAGCAUGGAAUUUAAAGAACUUGCUAGAUCUGUAUUUAAACAAAAUGCAGUACUUGCAUUCAAUUUAACAUCUUCCGGUGGUUAUAACGUCGGUCUACUUGGUUCAACCUCCGAAGCUAUUCUACUCGAGAUGAAGCACUCCACUUUGGCCACACACACCUUUCCUUACGCAGUCGAAACUAUUAAACUUCCAGCAGCUCGACCAGCUGCAGAAGUUGUCAAUAAGUUUGACAUGGCAGAAAUAUAUACGCAAACAAAUAAUACCAAACGACAUUAUUUUGCCUUGGAUCCUAUCUUCGUGACCGAGUUGUCCGAGGAUCCGGUGAAGUUUCAGGCUGUAGCACUAGAAUGGUGCCCUCAACACUUGAAUAACAAUUCUAGUUUGUUGGCUGUCGUGUCUAGCAAUGGUGCCUGUGAGCUUCGAAGCCGAGAUACAAUAAGUCGCGAAUGGAAAAUGAAAGUUUGCAAUCUAAACCAAUUGUAUUUGGAUAUGUUUCCUGUGCCUGUACCUGUCACUGACCCUGCCUCUGGCCCUGUUCCUGAACCUGUACCAACAACUCUAAAGAAUCAAACUUUCGAAGACCUUAAGGAAGCUGUAGAAAACACCUCUACUACAGCAUUCUCUUGGAAUAUGGAUCCCAACUUCAAACGAUCGAUAUUCGUGACUGCAAAUGGAACUGGAUGGCUUUUGCUUUUCUCGUUGGAGACCAAUGGAGUUGUUAGCUGUUUGAAAAAGUACAAGACGGCUUUGGGUCGUAUAUCAUUAGUUCAUUUUUUUGGGAACUUUAUAUUGACGUGUUCUUCAAAUGGCAUUAUAAAGAUAUUUGCAUUGAAGGGCAAUGAAAUUGAGGACGUUGAUACGUUAUGGCCAAAUGCCGAUCGAAUUCCCUGCAAGAAGCUAAGCAUGAGUUUUUGCAAAGAAUCCAGUAGAUGGAUAUGCGUGACGUCAAAGUCGGCGCAUGCUAUUGUUUUUAUUUUGUCGAAGGAGGGCAAGUUACUGUUUAAAAAUACAAGCUAUUUGGGAAAUAUUAAAAUAACAGGUUUUGAACUUGUUUCACCAAAGGAAUAUAUUUUUGUAACAAUUACGGGAAGAAUUAAAUUCAUUAAGUUUCAUAUCAACAAAUCCAACUGUGAAAUCAACUCAGAGACUGUGAAAUACGAUUUUGAUAAUACAAACUAUCAAGUUUUAGGCUUAGUUUCGUCACCAAACAAAGUUGCCUGGACAUUUCUUUUAUUUCACAACAAGCCUUACACCCAUCCAUCAUUAUACACGGCCAACGAUGCUAUUAUAACUGUAUGCAGUUUAAGUUGCAGAGAUGCAUAUAAAACAAUCACAGAUGAAACAAUUGUUGGUGAAAGUAUAGAAAAUGCAAUCGAUUGUGCAGAGAUAAUUAGAUUGGAGAUUCUAAAAGAUAAUAUUCUGCCGAAAUACGAUAGUCUCUCCAUUCAGGAAGUGAAAUUAACAAAACAUUAUUUCAAAAAACUUCAACUGAAGCUGUUAACAAUGAAUGCUGGGCUAACUUAUCAACGCAUUAAAUUCAAUCAUGUCAAAAAGCUAAUCACAAACGAAAUAAACUCCAUAACCAAGAUUAUCGAAUGUGUCUACAUAAAUCUACGACUUCAACGGCUGCGUAAUUUUAAAUCUUACACUCCAUUUCAAAUACUCUCGGGAAAGUGUAUGAAAUAUAAAUUGAAAUUACUUCAAUCUGAACUUAUACCCAAUGAGGAUAUAUUUAGAAACGUCCAUGAAAAUUUAAAUACACUAAGUGACUGUCUACUCAUGGAUUUGGGAAAUAUGUUUGAUGAUGCAACAGAAAAUUGUAGUUAUUGUGAUAAGCCAAUUGAUUUUUCAACUCUAAUGUGUCCAGACUUACAUUCGGUUCCUCGAUGUUCAAUAUCAUUUUUGCAGGUGCCAUUGUUUACGAGAGUCUUUUGUUCCUGCUGUAAUAGACUGUUCGUAGAUAAUAUUGAGAACUUAAAAAGUAUUUUUGGUAAUACAGACGAUGUUAAGUGUACAUUUUGUGGAUUUUCAAUAAGUGUAGAUAUGGCGGAAACUUUUGAUAAAGAAAUUUAAAAUUUAAAAUCGUUGAAAAAUUUGUUUUAUUUUGAUUUAAAUCUUUUUUAAACUUGUAAUAGUUGAAGAUAUUGUAUAAAGAUUAAAUUUGUGUUAAACUUGCAACAGUAGAAAAUAAGGAAACCAUUUAAAGAACCUUAAAGAUCUACAACUUUCCAUAGAAAACAUGGGUUUUGGAAUGUUGGUGUUGUUCAAUUCAGAAUUAAGAAAUGUUUCGAAAGCAGGCUUCUUGGUGUCUAGAAUAUUAGAAUAUCUGCAGGGAAGCUGGAAACAUUAAGGCUUAUAUAGUAUUCACAUAACAUUACUUUAAAUGUACACCAUUGUUAAUACUCAUCUUUCUAUUGAUUGUAGUCUUGCUUAUGUACGCUCAUUUUUUUCGUUGUUUUUUUUAUAUUGUACGCGCACUCAACGGGAUAUGAAUACCCUUUUAAUGAUUAUAUUAUAUUCUCUUCCAUCGGGUAUUGAUGUUUUAUUAAAUUAUUCCUUGUUUUCGAAUAAUCUUAUGCAAAUAAAUAAUGUUACUAAUUCGCUUGGAAUCUUUUUAAAUUUAGUAUUUAUUUCUGAAGAUUUACAAACUUCUGUCAUGUAGAAUUGCCCUUUGCUUUCGAAUUCUGUUCACCAUAAAUCUAUUGAUAUUUGUCUUUAAACUACAAUUAUGAUAAUUUUAGCAAAUUUAAUAUUACUAAAAUGGUUUAUAAAUUUAUUUUUCAUUAUUUAUCUUUGAUGAAUAAUUGUUUUAGUAGUAUUAAUUGGUCAAAUGAGUUUCUGAAUAAAAAUAUACAUGAAAAGUC